UUUGGUUAUUUUCCUGGGCUGAACUGGAGCUGUGGCGCCUCGCUUCAGCGGGAGUUUAGAUAAGUGAGUUCUGAGUCUCAGUAAUGAGAGGGGGGAAUAGUUUGCGUGAACAUAGUUAACUGGAUUACAGCUUUUAUAUCUCUUGCAUGGAUUAAAAAAUCCAUCCGCACAGUCAUAGACACACUCAUACUCUCUCUCUCUCUCCUCAUCGCGCACUUGCUCGCCUCCGCAGCUGCGCAGCUCAUUUCCUGGGUUGGGGAGUUUGGAGUGGUCUUGCAUUUCUUCACUUCACGCACACGCACGUGCGCUCCUGUCCACACUGUGUGUGAGUGUGUUUUAAGACUUGAGGACCGCGGAUCUUAAACGCCGUACUGAUUUUUAUAUUGGGCAGGAAUGGACUGCACUUCUCCCAGCAUGAGCUGCUACUUCCGAGAGGUGUGAACAGCAGCGGCGGCGGCGGCGGCAGCGCGCGACUCCGACAUGGAUGGAUCAACAAACAGCCUCGAUGAUGUGUCGGCUGGGAGCAGUGCAGAGUUUCCAGACAGGCUCUCUCUCAUGGAGGUGCGGCUGCAGGCGCAAGAAGAUGAGAUCACAUUGCUCAAGUCCUCAUUGGCAGAUGCUUUACGCAAGCUCCGUCUCCACGACCAGCAGAUCCCACUACUUAAGCAGCAGCUAAUUGCCGUGAACCCUGGUGCAGCCCGGGUGUUGAAUCAGUCCUUCUGCAUUGAUGGAUACUCCAAACCCUGUAGACACUCCACCAGCUCUCUGGAUGGUCUCCAUCACCCAGUGAACAGCCAUGUCUUAAACUCUGAAAACGGGGAGGGCAGCACAGCCCACUCCGUCCCCACCGUGAAGUCAAGCACAAGUGAAAGCUCGACCCAAACCGACCCCUGGACCCCUGAGCCCACAAGAACGCCACUGGCGCCUUCCAAGAGCCUCUGUCUGGAGGAUGCACUUCCAGAGGGGGUUUCCCUCAUGGAGGAGGCCCUGAACAAGCUCCACCAGGAGACGCAGGAGGAGGAGAGCACGAACGAGGAGGAGCGAGAGAAGGACCGGAGCUGGCGCUCUUUAGUGGAGGACCCCAUCCAGCCCACCACCAUCAGAACCCUCCAGCAGCAGCACAGCAAAAGCAGUGAAGAAAGCCAGGGUUCAGCCCCACAAACACCAACCUCCAGCUCGCCAGCGCCCCCUAAAGAGCCUUCCAGCAGCCCCCACAGCGGACCCUUGUCCCCCAUAAUGGAGAGCGAGAAGACACUAGUGCGGAGAAAUAGUGAGAAACAGAGCAAGGACAUCCAGGACAAAGCCAAACAGAGAAUGCCUAAGAAAGCAGCGUCCUCCACCAACCUUCUCACCCGAUCCCCGAGCCUGGAGGGCCGAGCCAAAGAUCUCCUCUCCAACACAGGAUCACAGGGGUCCAGAAGAGGAACACAGGGUCAUUCAAUCAAAAUGUUCAUCCGUGGGCGGCCAAUCACCAUGUAUGUUCCCUCAAACAUCCAGAACUAUGAUGAUCUUAGGAUGGACCUUCCUUCAGAGAAACUGGACCUGGAUUGGGUCUAUGGUUACAGAGGGCGUGACUGUAGAGGGAACUUGUACAUGCUUCCCUCUGGGGAGGCGGUGUAUUUUAUAGCCUGUGUGGUAGUCCUUUACCAUGUGGCCAAUCGGACUCAACGCCAUUACCGCAAACACACAGACUGUGUACGAUGUUUAGCAAUUCAUCCAGACAAGGUGUUGAUAGCAUCCGGACAGACGGCAGGCGUGGAUAAGGAUGGCAAGCCUUUGCAGCCAUUUGUCCAUAUCUGGGACUCCACUACACUGGUGACCCUGCAGCAGAUUGGUAUGGGCACAUUUGAGCGAGGGGUCGGAUCUGUGGCCUUCUCGAACGCGGAUGCUGGGGCAUUUCUGUGUGUAAUUGACGACUCCAAUGAGCACAUGCUGUCUCUCUGGGACUGGAACAAAAACACCAAGGUUGUUGAAGUAAAGAGCACUAAUGAGGCCGUGUUCGCUGUGGAGUUCAACCCUGCAGACACUAAUAACAUCAUCACCUGUGGCAAAUCUCACGUUUACUUCUGGACGCUUAGCGCUGGGACGCUGACCAAGAAGCAGGGCAUCUUUGGAAAAUACAAGAAGCCCAAGUUCAUCAUGUGCUUUGUGUUCAGUCUGACGGGGGAUGUGCUAACCGGCGACUCUGAAGGAAACAUCCUCACUUGGGGGAAAUCAGCAGCAGACAUCAAGACUUUAGGCAAGGGAGCCAAAGAGACAUUCCAGAUCAUGAAGCAGACUCGCGCUCAUGAGGGCAGCGUCUUCACCCUCUGCGUCCUGCAGGGCGGCGCUCUGCUCAGCGGCGGCGGCAAAGACCGCAGGAUCAUCCGCUGGAGCGCAGACCUAGCGCCCGAGAGGGAGUGUGAGAUUCCAGAGAAGUUUGGGGCGGUCCGUACCAUUGCAGAUGUGGAUGGUGAGGAACUGCUGGUGGGAACGACCAGGAAUGCAAUUCUCCGAGGCUCCUUCUCAGACGGGUUCGUGGCCAUAGUGCAGGGUCAUGUAGAUGAGAUGUGGGGUCUGGCCACACACCCCUUUCAGAACAUCUUCCUCACCUGUGGGAAUGACAAGCAAGUGUGUUUGUGGAAUGCUGAGGAGCACACCUUGGGCUGGUGCACUACACUGGAGGAGUCAGGUCUGUGUGCUGAUUUCAGUCCUAAUGGAGCUGUUGUUUCAGUUGGACUCUGGACUGGAAGGUGGGUGGUUCUGGACCUACAGACCCGAGAGGUGGUGUCUGACCUAAUCGAUGGCAACGAGCAGCUGUCCGUCAUGAGAUACUCACCAGAUGGCAGCUUUUUGGCUGUUGGCUCCCAUGACAACUUAAUUUACAUUUACAGUGUGACAGAGGGGGGUCGACGCUACACACGUUUUGGGAAGUGCACGGGACACUCCAGUUUUAUCACACAUCUAGACUGGUCCAAAGAUGGGAAGUAUAUCAUGUCCAAUUCUGGCGAUUACGAAAUCCUUUACUGGGAUGUGGCUGGAGGCUGUAAGCUGUUGCGAAACCGUUACGAGAGUAAGGAUCGUGAAUGGGCCUCCUAUACAUGUGUGCUGGGCUUCCAUGUCAUGGGUGUGUGGCUGGAGGGUUCGGAUGGGACCGAUAUCAACGCUCUGUGUCGCUCUCACAGCGAGCGAAUAGUGGCAGUGGCAGAUGACUUCUGCAAAGUCCACUUAUUCCAGUAUCCAUGUCCUAAACCAAAGGCACCAAGUCACAGGUAUGAGGGCCAUGGCAGUCAUGUGACCAACGUACGCUUCACCCACUGCGACAGUCACCUUCUGUCACUGGGUGGGAAGGACACAUGCAUCCUCCAGUGGCGAGUCAAGAGGAGCGGGGCUGCAGAAAAGGAACACCCAACCUCUUCACUUCCUCCACCCACUUCCCUUAACAGUUCCUCAGAACCUGGGAAACAGAAGGAGAAAGAGAUGGGAUGAAGAGAGUGACAAAGAAUAUGUUGAAGAAUAUGGUAUUGCACAAUCUAGAGUAAAUCCAGCAUUAGGAAGACUGUGCUGAGAGGAUGCAAUGUUUAUGGUGGUCUUUAACAGAUUUUCAUGGCCAAAAAGGAAGUCAGUGUUGCAUCAACAUUCACUAUAUCAGGUUUACAUGUUACUAUAUUACUCCAAUUUUAUAGACAACAGGACAAAUGAUGUGUGUGUCUGUGUGUGUGUCAAACAGCUUAUGUUUAUGUAAAGUAAACUGAUCUUAUACUUUGACUUUAUUAACAUUACGUUACGUUUAUGUUGAUAAUUCUGGAAUGUGAAAGGCUUGUACGUGCCUUUAUAGACAAUCAUCUCAAGAUGGUCAUUCCAAAGCAAGUCUUUCAUUUAUCACCCUUUACUCGUUGCAGUACAUGUUUACAUUACUGACCUGUUGCUGAUUUGUAGAUGUGAACUGUUUCUUCAGUUUGUUCUCUGUGCGCUGUCUGGCUAUGAUUUAAUAAAUGUGUUUGUGUGUCAUCACACUAUUAAACCAAAACCA